AUGGGCUCGGAUCCGCAAUACGCCACGUACCCGAACUUGCUUCUGUCGCAACACAUCUUCACGCUCAGGCAGCCUGGACUGUCGGCGUCGUACCCAGCUGCAAAGAAAGUUCUCACCACAUCGAUCAAAGAGCACUCGCAAGCACCACUAUACCGCUACCUCGCCAACCCUGUGGACGGAAUCUUGAUCAACGAGAUCCCGUGGGAUGAGACCUACUACAACGAGCUCAAGAAGAAGAAUGACGAGGAGCUGAGUGGAUACGACCAGGAGCUGACAGAGGCGGAGGAGAAGGCGGGUGAAUCGGAGAUUGUGGCGGCGAUGGGAAAGAAGGCGGAGUUCUGGGCCAGAGUGGGAGACAAGGAGAAAUCAUUGACGGCGUACGAGGAGCUUCUCAUCAAGACUGCGUCUACCGGCGCCAAAAUUGAUAUAGUUCUCGCUAUGAUCCGGAUGCAGAUGUUUUUCGGCGACAAGUACGGAGUGGCAGAGAACAUCGAGCGCGCUCAGCGACUCGUUGAAAGCGGAGGUGACUGGGAUCGCCGUAACCGUUUGAAGUCCUACAACGGACUGCACCUUCUUUCCACCCGCCAUUUCGCCGAAGCCGCUCCGUUGCUCCUCGAAUCGCUCUCCACCUUCACCUCGUACGAAGUGUGCGCCUACACGUCGCUGGUGUUGUACGCCGUCUUGGCCGGUACGAUGUCUCUGGACCGUGUCGACUUCAAGAAGAAAGUUGUCGACUCGGCCGAGGUGCUGGCUGUUUUGGGAAGCAAGGGAGCUCCGAACCCCGACGAUGACGUCGACAUGGUUGAUGCCACCAACACCGACGGCUACGAAUUCCUCGAGAUGUUGAUCAACAGCUUCUAUACCUGUGACUACAAGAGCUUCUUCUACUCUCUGGCAGAGGUCGAAGAUAAGUUCUUGAAGCGGGACAGGAUCUUGGCUGAGCACAAGCCUUGGUUUGUCCGCGAGAUGAGACGGCGUGCCUAUGGCCAGCUCCUCGAGAGCUACCGUGUGGUCUCCCUACAGAACAUGGCGGAACAGUUCGGUGUAUCCGUGGAAUGGCUGGAUCGUGAUCUGUCAAAGUUCAUCCCAUCAAAGAAGCUGAACUGCACCAUCGACCGCGUAAACGGUACCAUCGAGACCAAUCGACCGGACGACAAGAACCGACAAUACAACGAUGUGGUGAAGCAGGGAGACCAGCUGUUGACCAAACUGCAGAAGUUUGGGCAGGCGGUUCGUUUGAGAGGAAGUGAGAGGGCAUAG